AUGUAUGCUCUAGAUUUACGGUCGUGGUCUACGGCAACAAUGCGAUUGUUAUUAGUUUCAGAGGAACAGACACGUAUUUCCAACUCGCUGCAGAAGCCGACCUCAGCGUGUUCCAUGAAAAGAAGAAAUGGAGCGCUGGUGGAUACGUGUCGAAAUACUUCUACGACGGCUUCAUAG